AGUACCUGGGGGUGCAGGCUAGGUUAGUCGGAUUAAGUCGACGUAAGCUCGAAGAAAAUGAAGAUGGCAAUUAGAGUUGGAGUUGGUGUUUGGAAAACCAUCAUGAACCUCAACUUGGCGAUGAUACUAGUUCACUGCAGUUUUGGAUCAGUCAAAGUUCAAGCUCUUUCGACUCGUCUUCCUGAUACUGAAGUGCAAGCCCUCCGAGAAAUUGCUAAACAGAUAGGGAAAAAAGACUGGGACUUCAAAGUAGACCCGUGCCUGAAUGACACAACCCACACAAGCUGGGCUACUCCAAAGACUGCUGACAGGCCUCUAUUCAAUAACACUCUCAUCUGCAACUGCUCCUUCCCUGAUGGCUCAUGCCACGUCACCAACAUUAUUCUUACAGGGCAAGAUCUUGCUGGUGUGCUUCCACCAUCUAUUGCAAAGUUACCCUACCUUACAAAAAUCAAUUUCCCAAGGAACUUCCUCAGUGGCAAUAUACCGAGUGAAUGGGCUUCUACAAAGUUGGAAUUUAUGUCCCUCAGUGUGAACAACUUAUCCGGACCAAUCCCUGCCUUCCUAGGAAACAUUAUCACUCUAAGAUACUUGAGUUUAGAGACAAACAUGUUUACUGGAACUGUUCCUCCUGAACUUGGGAAGUUGGUUAACUUACAAAAUCUCAUUAUUAGUGCAAACAAUCUCACAGGAGUGUUACCAGUGGAUCUCACUAAUCUUACCAAAUUAACAGAAUUGAGGAUUAGCAGUAACAACUUCACUGGAAGAAUUCCAGACUUUUUCCGAAGUUGGAGUCAACUUAUAAAAUUGGAGAUCCAAGCUAGUGGUCUACAAGGCCCCAUUCCGUCUAGCCUUUCUGUUUUGAGUAAUUUAACAGAACUAAGGAUCAGCGACUUAAACGAAGGGGGUUCAGUAUUUCCAAACUUGACUAACAUGAAAAGCAUGAAAAGAUUAAUGAUGAGGAGCUGUAGCUUAUCGGGACCUAUUUCUGAUUUAACAGCAAUGACAAGAUUGAAUAUAUUAGAUCUCAGCUUCAACAAAUUGGAAGGAAGUUUUCCGGAUCUUGAAGCUAUAGCUCUGGAUCCGAACAAUUUGCAGUACUUGUAUCUGACAAGCAACCUUCUCAAUGGCCCUAUUCCAGAUUGGAUUAAAAGCAAAGAUAACCGCUACCAGAUAGAUGUUUCUUACAAUAAUUUUUCCAAGGACUCUCAGCCAACUACAUGUAGCGCAUACCAGAACGUUUUCAAAAGCUCUUCUGCACUAAACAACUCAUUAUCUGGACCGUGCCUGGAGAAAUAUCCAUGUACAAAAGUUCAGUACUCAUUGCAUAUAAAUUGUGGUGGAGGAGCGACCACCAUUGGAGGAGUCAAAUUUGAAGAUGAUACAGAUCUUGGCGGUGGAGCAAAAUUUGUUCCAGUGAGACCUAACUGGGGAACCAGUAGCACUGGAUUUUUCUGGGAUACUAAUGUCACCUCUACAGACUACAUAGCAAAUAAUGCAUCGAUACUUGGAAUGGAAAACUCUCAGUUGUACACUCAUGUGCGCCUCAGUCCUCUUUCUCUCACAUAUUAUGCAAACUGUUUAGCAGAUGGAAAUUAUACUGUCAAACUUCACUUUGCGGAGAUAAUAAUCCGAGGCAAUAGAUCGUUUUUCAGUGUUGGAAGACGGAUAUUUGAUGUUUAUAUCCAGGAGAAACUUGUAUGGAAGGAUUUUGACAUCGUAAAGGAAGCACCAGGGGUUGAUAAGGUAGUCAUUAAAGUAACAAAUGCAGUUCAAGUUACAAACAAAACUCUAGAGAUUCGGUUUCAUUGGUCUGGGAAAGGCACAACAGCAUCCCCUAGACGAGGAAUCUAUGGUCCCCUUAUAUCAGCCAUUUCUAUAGAGCCUGGUAAUCUUGUGAAUGCAAACAUACACACUUCUAAGCUGUCUGUUCUGAGAGGACUGGAUCUGCGGACUGGCUUUUUCACCUUGACGCAAAUUAAAGCUGCCACUAAUAACUUUGAUCCUUUAAGCAAAAUUGGAGAAGGUGGUUUUGGUCCCGUAUACAAGGGUAUACUAUUGGAUGGUACUAUAAUUGCAGUUAAGCAACUAUCUUCAAAAUCGAAGCAGGGAAAUCAUGAAUUUGUUAACGAAAUAGGCAUGAUCUCUUGUUUGCAGCAUCCAAAUCUGGUAAGACUGUAUGGAUGUUGUAUUGAAGCAAACCAGUUAUUGUUGGUGUAUGAGUAUUUGGAGAACAAUAGCCUUGCUCGCGCUUUGUACGGUCCAGAUGAUGAUCCUUUAAACUUGGCUUGGCCUACAAGGCAGAAAAUAUGCCUAGGCAUAGCAAAAGGUCUGACUUAUCUGCAUGAGGAAUCGGCAGUGAAGGUUGUACAUAGAGACAUCAAAACUACGAAUGUGUUACUGGACCAAGACCUCAAUGCCAAGAUCUCAGACUUUGGUUUGGCCAAGCUUGAUGAAGAGGAGAAAACUCACAUUAGCACCAAGGUUGCUGGAACUAUAGGCUAUAUGGCACCGGAAUAUGCUCUAUGGGGUUGUUUGACCUUUAAAGCAGAUGUCUAUAGUUUUGGAAUUGUUGCGUUAGAAAUUGUUGCAGGAAAGAACAUGAAAUAUCGACCCAGUGAGAACAUUCAAUGUCUUAUGGAUUGGGCCCUUGUUUUGCAACAAAAAGGGAACUUACUGGAGCUAGUGGAUCCGAGGUUGGGGUCUGAUUUCAGUAAGAAAGAGGCGAUUAGAAUGAUCAAAGUAGCUCUACUGUGCGCCAAUCCAGCAGCUACUCUUAGGCCUAUCAUGUCUGAAGUAGUGAGUAUGCUUGAAGGGCGGACCGCCGUGGAAGAAGUGAUUCUGGAUCCAAGUAUCCAUGGUGAUGAAAUUACGAGGUUAAGAGCAUUUGAAGAGCAGUUUGAUCAAAGUACUGCACAAGGGAGCUCCGCAAGUGGAAGUCAUAGCCUCGUUCGUUCAUCAGAUGCACCAUGGACGGGUUCUUCUGUUGCUACUACGUCUUCAGAUCUCUAUAAAGUUUAUUCUAGUUAA